GCCAAGUUGUCCAAUCAGAGAGCCCUCACGUCAAAACACUUCCGCUUUGCUCUCCAGCUUGCCUUUCCAGUGGAGCGGCCGGUGUGAGCACGCAUCAGGAGUGGACACCACGUAUCCUGCAGGCUGAGAAUAGACAUUAAGAUGCCUCCAAAGAAGACAGAAGCUCCGAAACAACCUCCAUUGAUUGGACGAUUUGGAACAUCCCUAAAAAUAGGAAUAGUGGGAUUACCCAAUGUUGGGAAAUCCACGUUUUUCAAUGUGCUGACCAAAAGCCAAGCUGCUGCAGAAAACUUCCCCUUCUGCACAAUUGACCCAAAUGAGAGCAGAGUACCAGUUCCCGAUGAACGCUUUGAUUUCCUCUGCCAGUACCACAAACCUGCCAGUAAGGUUCCUGCUUUCCUGAAUGUUGUGGACAUUGCUGGUCUGGUGAAGGGAGCUCAUUCCGGACAGGGACUCGGAAAUGCCUUCCUCUCUCACAUCAGUGCCUGUGACGGGAUUUUCCACAUGACUCGUGCAUUUGACGAUGAGGAUAUCAUCCACGUGGAGGGAAAUGUCGACCCGGUGAGGGACAUCGAGAUAAUCCACGAGGAGCUGCGGCUAAAGGAUGAAGAAAUGAUCGACCCAAUCAUCGACAAACUGGAGAAAACCGCCGUCAGGGGAGGUGACAAGAAACUAAAACCUGAAUAUGAUAUCAUGCUGAAGAUAAAAAACUGGGUGGUAGAAGAGAAGAAGCACAUCAGAUUUUACCAUGACUGGAAUGACAAAGAGAUUGAGGUUUUGAACAAAUACCUGUUUCUGACUUCCAAGCCAAUGAUCUACCUGGUUAAUCUCUCAGAGAAAGAUUACAUCAGAAAAAAGAACAAGUGGUUGGCAAAAAUCAAAGAGUGGGUAGAUUCUCAUGAUCCUGGCUCUAUGGUCAUUCCCUUAAGUGGAGCUUUGGAGUCUAAACUGUUUGACAUGGAGGAGGAGGAGAGGAAUAAAUACUGCGAGGAACAUAAAACACAGAGUGUUUUGACCAAAAUAAUAAAGACUGGCUAUGCAGCGCUGCAGCUGGAGUACUUCUUCACAGCGGGACCAGAUGAGGUGCGAGCGUGGACCAUCAGAAAAGGUACCAAAGCUCCUCAAGCUGCUGGAAAGAUCCACACUGACUUUGAGAAAGGCUUCAUCAUGGCUGAGGUGAUGAAGUUCACAGACUUCAAAGAAGAGGGCACUGAAAGUGCAGUCAAGGCUGCUGGGAAGUACCGGCAACAGGGCAGGAACUACAUCGUGGAGGACGGGGACAUUAUCUUUUUCAAAUUCAACACACCCAAUGCACCCAAAAAGAAAUAAGACCACAUAAUCGGGGGGUGGGGGGUAAAAUCUCAGAAUACAGUUUAGUCUAGUCCCAAAGAGCAGCACUGACUGUUGGUUUUCAUACUUUUUUGAUUCUAAAAAAGUGACGUAUUCACACGUUCAAAUCCGUUUUUGGUAACGAUGCUUUCCAAGUGUUUUUUAACAUGCUACAGACCUUGUUUUGAUGCUGUUUCUAGGUUAUUUUUGAUCAUUUAGUUAAUAAAUGCUCAGUUUCUGUUUUUUUUUUUUUUUUAAUAAUUAAGUAUUUUAUUCCUCUGGGCAACUUUUCUUUUCUGUCAUGACUGCAGCUGUCACAUUUUAACAAGCCUCUUAUUUGGUGCUUUAUUAAUGCCAGGUGUGCUGAAUUAAUAAACCAGCUGUUCAAUCAUAAAAAUGCUCAUAAGAGUACGACGCAACAAUCUGCUGCAAGGAAAUUCGUUUUUGAUGUCAUCCCUUAAAAUUUAAAAAGAAUGGCACAGUUAUAUUAAACUAAAAAAAAAAAAAAAGUGCUAAAAUAUGUUGUGUCCAAAAGCUGAUCAUCAGUUAUUCUAUUAAGGGAGAACAAAAGCCAUCACUCAGUGUUUAAUUGGGGGUGGGGCUGAAAUGUAUUCUGCUGAUAACAGGGGGGAUAUUGUUAUUUUAGAAAGAAGAAAGCAGGUCUCUGUGACAGCGCAUCAUCAGAUUCCUGAACAGAAAGCUGCUUUUAUUGAUUUACAGACUUCACCCUGCAUAACGGGAAACUGCAUCAUUGUGGAUCAUUUGGACUGUACAGCUUCAAAUCUCAUCGUGUUUCACCUCGUCUCACUGCCUGCACAGUAUGUUCAUUUUCAUAAACAUGCUGCCACGCUGUGAACUAAAAUGGAAAUCUUUCUAACCUAUGGGAACCAUUAUGGAAUAAAUGUCACCCUCAUCAAUAUGCACGUGUCAAUAAAAGGUGAUAAAUCUGUUA